ACACUUCGAACGAGUUUGAGUUUGGGAUUUGGCCCAAACGGUUUACAUGGUAGAUCAUAACAGAUGAUCGAUUCAUUUUUGGCGUUAGUCGAAAUAUAUUCCAAAUUCGGGCCAAGCAGUAUGGUAUUCAGUCCAUUUUGUAGCCAGAACCGACCAGAUCAACCAGGGUUUAUAUAAAAAAUAACAGCAGAACUUGAAAGGAUCAAAGGAUUGUUGAAAGAAUUUCGCACGUACGAGGGUUAUACGUAUGAAAUUGUAAUGCACAUAUUUAUAAAAACAUUUGCUUGAGUUGGGAUCAAAAUUAACAUGCAAAUUUAGUCACCUUUUCAUCAUUGAGAUUCAGAUUCGAAACCUUCUCGAUACUCUUUCUUUAAAUGACCAAUGCACCAGUAGAAAUUAUUUUUUUUUGGCAUCAAUCUGAUCUUUCAUUAAAACUCAAACAGGUCCGUUUAAGCCAGCUACAUGAGCUAGCCAACUAAGAAUCUUAACGUCUACAAAAGUGAAUGUUUCAGCUCGUGAUCUUGUAGUGAUACUGAAUUUUAUUAUUUUAUUACACGUUUUAAUUGAAAACAAACAUUAAUUAUCAAUAAGUAUACAUUUAAAUGUAUCGUUAUAUAUACAUUUAAGUUCAACCCAAAUAGUCUGAACUGUGCUUUAAACAAAACAAAUCAUAUCAGUGUAUUGGUGUUCAAUUUUUUUGAUAAAUUAUUAAUAUGCAUAAAGAAUAAGAUCUCCAGUAAUGUGUCUUAAUUAAAUGCUAGAGCUAUUAUAUGUUUAUACAAGGAUAUACACAGCCUCAUGCUGUUAUUAUCUAGGAAAUAAAACUUUUAGAAAAGUGAUAUAAGUAACCAUAAUGGGUACUCUUAUUAGCCCAUUUGAAAGGGCUAAUAUUUGAUGAUUAACAAAACAUGUACACAUACGGAUAUAUAUCGCAUUAAAUAAAAUAAUCAUAUCAUAUAAGAAAAAAAGAACCAUAUCAUAUAUAUAUAUACAUAUAUAUAUAUAAUAUGCAUACAUGAGAUUACUAAAAUUGAUCCUGUUUGAGUUUGUAUUCAUCUUUACCAGUAAAUAGAGAUCUCUCGUGUUGUUAAGACUUUAAACUCGAUAUAUAAAACCAAACAAUUUCAAUAUUCCUGUCUUUAUUAUACUAAAACUUUGAUAAUUAAGUAACUGGACUAGUGUUACAAAAAAAAAAAAAAAAAAGUAACUGGACUAUCUUUGACAAAAGGAAAAAGUACUUGGACAAAUAGUUGGCUCAUCAAACCCUACAAGUGGCACGAACCAUAUAAAAUAAUGAAAUCUAAAGACAAGAAACAAAUACUGAGAAUAUAAUAAAAAGGACAGAUGAACCUGUUCCCACUUUCUAUCUUCUUAACCUUAACUUUGGGGACUGGGGACCCAAAAUCCUUCUUCAUUGACCAUCCAUUUUGCUAAUAUAAAUGAUUAAUUCUGACAAUUCUUUAUUUCGAUGCAUUAUACUAGCAUUUUCUGUAUAAAAUUGUGUGAUAGAAGGUAAGGUAUGCAUAAGAUAGAACCCUACGUUUGAAGUUAGUGAGAAAAUGUAAGUAUAUUAGUUUUGGUAUUUCAAUAUACUAUUUCAAAAGUUACAGGAAAAUCAUUUACCUAUUUUCGAGAUAAUAGAAGUGCAAAGUGUGAUAACAAAUAUAUUAGCUAACAUAUAUUAGCUUCAAAUUAACUAUAAGAGAGGUUGUUUCAUACAGAGAUUUAAAGAAAUAAAAAGGUAAACACUUGUCUCAAAAAUGCUAAUACUCUUGCUUUUUCGUUUUAAAAAAACUAUUCGUUUCCUUAUAGUCUGCUUCUCAUGUCCCCCGGUCCACCUGACAUUGCAUAUAUAUAGAACAAAAAAUUCCAAAUCCAUGAUUUUUAGCAGACUCCAUUUUAUAUAAAAAAGGGACUCAAAAGAAGAAACAUUUAUUUAUAAAAAAAUGUUUACACAAGUGAUUGUUCAGUUCAGUGAUUCAAAUAUAUAAAAUGCAAUAAAUGAAAGUUCAGUACUUACCCUUACCUUUAUUUAGUUUUACUACUGGCCAUUAUAAUUGUUCCAGCCAAAGAAAGACUUAUUCAAAAGGGGUUGCUUUCAAAAGCUCAUCUCUCUCUCUCUCUCUCUCUCUCUCUCUCUCUCUCUCUCUCUCUCUCUGAAUCUGCUGAUCUCACUACAACUUGCCAUCUUUUACUCCAUCAAAAAUCCUCAACCAAAACCCACUUCACUCACAUUGAAACAAACAAAAACGCCUCUAUUGAUCUCUUUCUAGAUUUGAAAUCAAGAAAUGGUUCCUCCACAUCCGCAUUAUUGGAGAAAAGGAAUAUCAUUAAACUCACGAGUUCUUCUUCUUCUGGUCAUCUGCUUCUUCUUCGUCCACCACUGCAACGCCUCGAGAGCCUCGUCACCAUCAAGCGUUUCCUACAGAAACCCUAAUAAUGACCACAAAAGAAAUACCAUGAGGAGAGGUCAUUUCUUGGGGUUCUUGCCAAGACACUUCCCUGUUCCAGCUUCGGGUCCUUCACGAAAACACAACGACAUUGGUAUACAAGCCUUGCUGUCUCCAUGAUAAUGCGCUCUCUCUUUUUUUCCCUCUCUAGAGUACAUUGUACAAUAUAAUGUAAUGCAUGUACUCAUACACAAAAGUACAAAACAACAGUAUAAUACCAUUAAUCGAUCUCUGCUGUAUGCUUUGGCAUGUAUACUUAGGGUUUCAGAUGUUUGACCUUUCUAGUUGUUGCUCGAUCUUUUAGUUAUUUUUUUGUUUGCAUGAACUUCCUUAGAGUAGAGAAGUGAAAGAUAAUAUGGGUUCUUUUAAAAAAAAAGAAGAUAGUAUGGUUAGAUCUGGAUUUUGUUAUUCUUAGUCUUUUUUUUUCCUUUUGUAUAUGUAAUUAAAGUUUACUAAAUGAAGUAUUGAAUGCAACAAUCUCGUUACCUCAGAGGGUACAUAAUUUAACAUCUUUUAGUUUUUCACCUAAAUAACCAAUUCAUUGAUUUCUGAAUAUAUCAAAGCUGUUGAUAAUUCAAUUCGUAAAGUUGAAUUGGUAAAAUAAAUUGAAAAAUUAUCAACUACAAGAAAACGUGCCCAUAACAACGAAGAUUUACGACGAAAAUAUUUCGUCGUAAAUUUACAUGGUGUUUACAACGAAUUUACGAGG